UUGAGAAACUUAUUUUUCUUUUCUUUUUUACUAAAUUAUUUUUUUCUUUUUUCAUAUAUUUCAGUAUUUUUUGAGGAUGGUCGUCUCUGCUUGGAAUAGAUAUUGUGUUGUAGUGUUUCUCGUCACUGCGCUCAGGACUGGGACAUCCCAGGUAUCAGAGGCGCGCCCGAAGGCGAAUUCCAUCAAACCCGGUCAGUUGGAAGAAAUACCGACACCGGCAACCAACCGAUCUGCAACAGUCACCAAGAAACACAACAUCCAGGUGUACCCUUGCAGCAAUGACAAGGAGUGCAGCGUGGGCAGCUACUGCCACAACCCUCAACAGGCUCCUUCUCGUUGCCUCACCUGUCGCAGGAGGAAGAAGCGCUGUCAUCGAGAUGCUAUGUGCUGCCCCGGCAACCGCUGCAGUAACUUCAUUUGUGUCCCCAUCUCUGAAAGCGUGAUCUCGCCUCACAUCUCACCAUUAGAUGAACAUAUCAAGCUCUCCUCCAAAGACCACGGCUGGAAGGGUGGGAAGAAUGGAAAGGGACAGGCCAAGCAUUCUCUAAAAGGUCACGAGGGUGACCCGUGCUUGCGUUCUUCCGAUUGCUCGGACGGCUACUGCUGCGCCCGCCAUUUCUGGACAAAAAUCUGCAAACCGGUGCUGAGGCAGGGAGAAGUGUGCACCAAGCAGAGGAAGAAAGGCACUCACGGCUUGGAACUCUUCCAGCGCUGUGACUGUGCCAAGGGCCUCUCCUGCAAGGUGUGGAAAGACGCCACCUCUUCGUCCAAGUCCAGACUCCACAUGUGCCAGAAGAUCUGAAGCAGGAGGCAGCUGUUGUCGGCUUAAAGGCCUCCGUCUCCAUGUGUGAGGGGAUUUUUUUUUUAAGGAUGUGUUGUGGCGGUACUGAAAAGAAGGAAAAGACAGAGACUGACAAGAGACAGAACAGAUGCGGCUUCAGGCUCGCUAUUCUGCAAACGGAGGGCAAAUGGGAAUGCUUUAAUGUGUUCUCUGUGAGUGGUCCAUCCCUGCACCCCACAUAACAACCACGCACCCUCACACACACGCACACACACGCACACACACGCACACACACGAACACACACGAACACACUCACGGUUUUGAGAGAUUAGUGAGCUUAUAGGAUGCUAUCCCCUCCCAAAAGAAAAACCAACCUUUUACACAUUCUUAUGAAUAUCAGGGAACCACAGAGUUUGUCAGCUGAUGCUGUGAUAGGUGUGGACUUUUUGUAGAUAGAAGUAACAGUCAUAGCAGUCUUUCCUUAAACCUCCAGCUUAUGAUAUUCGAAGCCGAAGGACUAUUAACACAAAAGCCAUAUUUUUACUGAAUAGUACAUGCUCUACCAAACUCUGAAGUCAGUUAGCUUUAAAUAAUGUUGCAUGUGACACUCAUAGGAUCAGAAUUUUGGCAUGUUAUACUGUCUGUUUGCCAACUUUAGUACUUAUUUUAAGAUCGAACCCAGCUUUUGCUACGCAAAGCAUUUACAACCAGCAACAAUGUCCAAAGAACAAAUAUACAUUCGCUGAUGUGUGUGUGUGCCUCUUACACCAAAGACACAAAGAACAUUUGCUUUGGAAUGAUGAGUUUCGUCUGGGGCAUUCGCUUGUUGCCCUAUUUUUAGCCACAAGAAGAGAGAUAAAGUAUUGUAUUCAUUGUGGGAAUCUUGUUUGAUGUAGGAUACAGCUGUAAUCUAUUGUGAUACAACUGUGCGGGUUAAAACUGUUUGCACUGAGGUAGUCCUUUGCUGCAGACUUGGUGGUUUCAAUACCGGAAUGGUUCUGCUUUUCAAAUCAUACAAACGGGAUUCAGGGAUAUGUUGGAGUCGCAAUUUUUCCCUUUAGAAAGCCAGUAGAAAUGGAGAUGUGAGAGGAUUGAUUAGAUUUACAAAAAUGCUCCACAAAUCCCAUGUUUUUAAAGAGAACUGCAGUUAAAACGAAUGGCUUGUUGAUGGCACACAGCCCUCUUUAGUUUUCUGCUUUUAAAAUAUGACUGCAUACUUUCUUUUGAUGAAAUAUUGAGUUUUAUGGUGUAAUGGAUGUGAAGCAAUGCUUUUUCUCCCCUGGUGUCAGUGCUUUAAAUAACCACUCAUUACCUACAAAUCAAUAUAACAUUUGCCUCCUUUCGCUUUAAGACAUUUUUUAGAGCAUCAAGUACAUAUAUUUUGUAACCAUUAAAAUAUCAAUAAGCUCUAAUAUUGUAAAUAGACUGGAAGCAAAGCAAAUGUAUUUAAGAACCAAUGUAUAUCAUGUACAUAUAAUAACAAAGGAAUCCUAAAAGUUAUAGCAAAAUGAUCUAGGUGAGAAGAGUAAUGUCAGAAGAAACAAGCACAGUUGGAUAGACUGAAAUCGAUAAACGUUGUGGGUGUAGAUAAGGGGUAAAGGCUUAGAUAGAAUGGACUGAUAUCACAAACUGAAUGCAUCAAAAGGAUGGUUCCUAAAAUAGGGAGCAUCAAAUUCCAAAAUGUGUUGUGUAAAUUGUGUGUAAAUGGUUUCAAGAUUUGCAUCCAACGAAAUGAUGUUUCUGUGAAUUCACUGCAUUGAUCUGUUUCAUGUAUUUACAAAGAUGAAUUAAUAAAAGAAUGUAUUUUGUA